AGAUAAUUAUAAAAUGGAUAAAGACGGUUGUAGUUAUGUUGUAUCUUUACAGAAGCCGACAGUGGUUCAAUUUGCUGUUGUUGGAAAUUUCCGCAAUUCAAAUGAGCUGGACAUUAUGUUGGCUCGUGUUAACCGAAUAGAACAUUUGUUAGUCACAUCUGAAGGUCUUAAACCACACAAAGAAAUACCGAUCUUUGGCCGGAUUGCUUCAAUGAAUUUAUAUCGUCUUCCUGGUGAGAAAUUGGAUAGUUUACUCGUUUUAACUGCAAAAUAUCAUCUUGCUAUUCUUGGUUUUGAGCCAGAUGGUACACCUAAAACAAGGGCAUAUGGACAUGUUGCCGAUAAAGUUGGGAGGCCUGCAGAGACCGGAAUAAUUAGUUGUGUGCACGAAAGCGGGUUGAUUGGUUUGCGUCUUUAUGAAGGUCAUUUAAAAUUAAUACAAUGGAAAGAGGGCAGAGAUUUAAAGAAUUUUAAUGUUCGUUUUGAAGAAAAUAAUGUUACAGAUGUUGCUUUUUUAGAAAAUACAGAGAAUCCAAUAGUUGCUUACUUUUAUCAGGAUUUAAAUGGGCGUCAUUUAAAAGUUUGUGAGAUUGAUUUGGAAGGACAUGAAUUAAAGGCUGCAUUAUGGCAUCAAAGUAAUAUUGAAGCAGAAGCUACUUUACUUGUUCCAAUACCCGCUCCAUAUGGAGGUUUGGUUGUGGUUGGACAAGAAUCAAUUAGCUAUCAAAAAAGUCCAAGCCAUUUCGUUGCUGUUGCCCCUCCGUUAAUUAACAUGGCCCGUUUUAACUGUUAUGGACGAAUUGAUAGAACAGGUGAACGUUUUCUUCUUGGUGACAUGUCUGGACGUUUAUUUAUGUUGUUAUUGCUUAGAGGUGCUGAUGCUGAUGAAAUUAGAGAUUUAAAAAUUGAAUUACUUGGAGAAAUUUCAAUUCCUGAAUGUUUGGUCUAUUUGGAUAAUUCUGUUGCAUUUAUUGGUUCACGUCUUGGAGAUAGCCAAUUAAUUCGACUUUCAACUGAACCUGUCGAUUCUGUUUCUAAUUCUUUUGUUAUAGUAAUUGAUACUUUUCCUAAUUUGGGGCCUAUUCGAGAUUUGGUUUUAAUUGAUGUUGAUGGACAAAAACAGUUGGUAUGUGCUUCUGGUGCAUAUAAGGAUGGUUCAUUACGUGUUAUUAGAAGUGGUAUUGGAAUUGAUGAGAUGGCGACAGUCGAAUUAGCUGGAAUUAAAGCAAUUUUUACACUUCGAAUAAAUUCUGAAUUGGAUAAUUAUUUGGUUCUUUCAUUUGCUGAUGUUACUCAUUUAUUGUUAAUUGAUCAAGAAGAAUUGGAAGAUACACAAAUUCAGGAUUUUGAAUUAUCUAGGCCAACACUUUGGGCAGGAAAUAUAUUUUCUUCUUCAAUUAAAAUACUUCAAAUUACUCCAGAUUCUGUCCAAUUAAUUUCUAUUGUCGAUAACCAAUUCCAAACAAAACACUGGAUACCUCCAAAUUGCAGAAUAUCUUUAGCUUCGGUUAAUCCAAAAUCUGGGCAAUUUGUUGUUGUUUCUGGGAAUAAAUUAUUUUAUUUAAUUGUUAAAAUGGAAGAAAUUUUGUUUUUAGAAAAUUUAGAAUUUAUUAAUGAAAUUGCUUGUGUGGAUAUUUCUCCUCUUUCUAAUUCAAUUAAUUCCAAUUUAAUUGCAAUUGGAUUUUGGGCUGAACAUUCAAUUGCAGUAUAUUCUAUCGGUGAAAAAGGAUUACAAAAACUUACAGAAGAGAAACUGAGCAAUGAAUUUUUGCCGAAAUCUUUGCUUUUGAUUACUAUGGAAUCUUUUCAUUAUUUAUUUGUUGCAUUAGGAGAUGGGACUGUUAUACAUUUUAAAAUUAAUUUAGAAAAUGGCUUUUUAUCUAAUCAAAAGAAAUUUUCUCUUGGGACACAGCCAACAACUUUAAUGAAAUUUAUUUCCAAAAAAUUAGCUGUAAAUGUUUUUGUUUGUUCUGAUAGACCAACAGUUAUUUAUUCAAGCAAUAAUAAAUUAUCUUUUUCUAAUGUUAAUCUUCGUUCUGUUAAUCAAAUGUGUCCAUUAAAUUCUGAACAUUAUAGAGGGUGUUUGGCACUCACUGAUGGAGAGAAUUUACUUAUUGGGACAAUUGAUGACAUUCAAAAAUUGCAUAUAAGAAAUGUUCCUCUUGGAGAAUCUGUCAGCCGCUUAGUUUACCAACCAGAAACGCGUCUCAUCGCUAUUCUCACAUAUAGGCCAGAGGAAUAUGUUGGAUGUAAUGGUGUUAUGCAAAAUAAUAAGCAUAGCUAUUCUCGUCCAUCAAUUUCUGUAAUGGGAGCAAAAUGUGCUUCAGUUGUUCAACUUCCACAGCAACAACAACCACAACCAUUUUCUGAUCCAACAACAUCUACCCCUUCUUCAUCAAAUAAACAAUCUCAAUGUCAACAAGUAGAACCAACAACAACAACAUCCGUAAUUGAUCCUUGUUGUGCCCCACCAUCAACAUCUUCUGCUACUGCUGUUGCUCCUCCAGCAGUAAUUGCUCCUAAUUCUGAUACAGAAAUUGAAGUUUAUUCUGUUUGUUUUCUUGAUUCAAAUACUUUUGAAUGUUUAAAUGUUUUGGAAUUAAAUAAACAAGAAGUUGGAAUUUCUAUUUGUUCGGCACAUUUGGGUGAUGAUCCAACACCUUAUUUUGCUAUUGGGACAGCUAUAGUUGUGCCUGAUGAACAAGAACCUAAACAGGGAAGGAUAUUAAUAGUUCAAGCAACACAAAGUGCAGAUUCAACUGAUGGUCUUGGAAGUAAAUUACGAAUAGUAACAGAAAAAGAAGUUAAAGGGGCAGUUUAUUCAAUUACAACACUUGGAAAUAAAUUAAUUUGUACAGUAAAUAGCACCGUUAGACUUUUUGAAUGGACACCAGAAAGAGAACUUCGUUUAGAAUGUUCAAAUUUUAAUUAUAUUCAAGCACUUUAUUUAAAAACAAAAGGAGAUUUGGUUCUUAUUGGUGAUUUAAUGCGUUCAAUAUGUCUCUUAAGUUAUAAACCGGCAGAUUCUUCAUUUGAAGAAAUUGCAAGAGAUUAUUCUGCUGAAUGGACAACUUCUUGUGAAAUUGUUGACUCAGAAACAUUUUUCGCUGCCGAAACAAAUUUUAAUAUUUAUUGCUGUAAAAUUGACGUAAAUGCUGAAACAGAUGAGGACAGAAUGAGAUUAAAACAAAAUGGUCUCUUUUAUUUGGGUGAAUUGGUUAAUGUAUUUUAUAGAGGAACUAUAAUUAGUAAUCAACAAAGAGAUUCCCGCAAAACACUUUUUACUAAUCCAAUAAUUUAUGGCGCAGCAGAUGGAGGUUUAGGUGCAAUUGUACAAAUAGAGCCACAUAUUUAUUCACUUUUAAUGGAUUUACAAAAAUCAAUUGCUUCAAAAACUCAUAAUUGUAUGCGAGUGGAUCACUCUUCCUACAGAAGUUUUUUCAGUGAAAGACGGACAGAAGCAGCAUCGGGCUUUAUUGACGGAGAUUUAAUAGAAACAGUAAUCGAAAUGCCGAGGGAAAUGUUGGUGGAUGUUUGUGAAGGAUUGAAAAUGAGAAAACCCGACGGGACAAUAGGCGAUGCACAACCUCUAAAGCCAGAAGACAUACUCAAACUUGUUGAGGAUCUCGCUCAAAUUCAGUAGAAAAUAAAAGUUUCUCGUGCCAGUUUUUUUAUUUGUUUGUUAGUUAUUUUUUAAUAUAUAAAUUAAUUAUAGAAUUGUGUUGGGGUAAUUUUCAUUUUUUCAAUUUGAAGUGUAAAGAGAAUUUAUGAAGGAAGCGAUGUUUUUUCUGGGAGGGAAGGCCUUCUCAUUAUUCCCACAAAACGUAUAUAAAAGUUUUUCGUGCCAGUUUCCUUAUUCCACUGAUAUCCCCUUUGUCAAUUCAGGAUCUCUUUUAUCGCCCGAUAUCAAUCACUUAUAUCCGACAAAUCCUUUUAUAUGUACUUCACUCCCUAUCCACCUAUAUCAUUUUCGGUUCGGUUAACCGAAGA